UAAAUUUCUAAAAAUUAGGGACGAAAGAGGAAAAAAACAUUUGAUGUAGAAUAAGGCACGGUAGUAGUGGUUCUUAUCAUCACACAUAUUCUCAUCAACACAUAUGUAUAUAUAUUUCUUAUUCUUGACUCGAGACUUCGAUAAUCGAGAGUCAAGCAAUCGAGCAUUAAAUUUUUUGCAAAUCCGUGAUUUUAGAACAAGCAUGACAGUUGUUAUAACCUAUUAAAAGUAGUAAGUUACAAUAACAAUAAACAAAGUUACAAAAAUUAAACAAAGUUUUUUUUUUAUUUCAGAAUUAAGUAUUUACUCAUAAGUCAUGAUGAGUGCAAAGAGGAUAUGUAUUGACAAAGAUCAACAAACCUCUACAGAUGAUGUUUACGAGAAAAUGGAUCUCAUCAACUCUCUUGAUAAUGAUUCAUUAGCACAAAUAUUCAUACUGCUGCCAGUAUCUGAGAGGAUAACUAUGGAUGAUGUUUGUUCCAAAUGGAAAGAGGCCUGUCAACUAGCUUGGCAUGACAUUAAAAAAUACAAAUGUAGCGAUGCAAUUGUUCGUGGUUAUGAAAAAUGUAUUUUAACACAAUCAUAUGUAGAAAAAAUAUUAUUCAAGUGUCGUAUUUAUUUGAAAGAAUUGAUUCUUUCAAGAAUUUGUGAUUCAAGUAUCAUGCCAGUAAUUGCUGAAUACUGCAAAAAUUUAACAACACUUGAAUUCGAAAUUGUCGUACAGAAAGAGGGUAAUGCUGAUCGCUUUGGUGAAGCAUUCACACAGUUGAAGCAAUUGAAAGUCGUUAAAAUAUAUAUAAAUAAAAGUUGUGAAUUUCAAUUUCAAAUACUGAAUAGUCUUCCAAAAGAUAUAAAUGAAAUUCAUUUAUUUUUUGGACUUAAUAAUUCGCCAGGAGGGUCGGGUAUAAACCUAGAAGAACUUUCUGUGUUAACAUAUUCUUGUAAAAACGACCCAGAAACACCAUCACUUUUCUCUUUGAGAGAAUUUACCAAUCUUCAAAGUUUGACAAUACGUUCUCACGAAAUCAGCCACAUUAUUCAAGAAAUAUCAAAAAAAACAUCACUUGUUUAUCUUGAUCUCGAAAGAUGUACUACUAAGGAUGAGAUUUUUACAUUCGAUCAACUUUCAAACUUGGAACAUCUCAACCUUAAAGAUGCGUUUUUCUGGGACAGACGAUUGGACAUUCCAUCAAAUCUACUCGGUGAUAUUCUCAAUACAUGCAAAAAUCUAAAACAUCUUGAUCCACCAGAUUUGGAUGCUGAUCUAGCUGAAAUUAAAAUAAACAACUGCGUUAACUUGAGAAACUUGGUAUAUCUAAAUAUUCGUUGGCGAGCUAGUGAUGCCUUAAUCGAAAAUAUCAUCAAGUAUUGCAAUAAUUUAAAAUUUAUAAAUAUUGAUAACUUAACUAGUGAAUCUAUUAUAAAAUUAACCAAAUUAGAAAAUCUAAAUUAUCUAAAAUUUGGGUACUCAAAUGAUAUCAAUGAUGAAGUAAUGGUUGCAGUUUCAAAUAAUUGUAAAAAACUUAAACAUCUCGUACUUCAUGUGUAUAAUAAAGUGGAGGCAUCACUUUUUGAUGGUUUAUCAAAAUUGCAAUAUAUUGAAAGUUUAAAUUUGGCAUUGUGUUGGGAAAUUGAAGACAGUGCUAUUAUUGCUAUUGCUGAAAACUGUAAGCUCUUAAAAAGUUUAAAUCUUCGAGAGUGUCACCUCAUCACUUCAACUGCUCUUAUUGCUUUAACGAAUUUAAAAAAUUUGAAAGAACUCAAUGUUGGAUCGAAUGAUAAUGUUGAAGACAAUUUUAUUGUCAAAUUAAGAGGAAUAAAAAGUUUAAAUUGUUCUGGAUGCAACAAACUUACUGAUGCUGGUGUCAUUCCAUUUAUAAAAAAUAAUCCAGAUCUUGAAUCUCUUGAUAUCAGCAACACAAAUGUUACAACUGACACGAUUGUUGCUGCAGAUGAGGUAUCUAAAAAUCGUACAAAUGAUACUUUUCUAUCUAUCAGAACUAUUAAUCCAGAUCUUGAAAAAGCUCUCGUCAAAUCUCAAUGGUUAACUCAUGGUUAGAAUGGAGUUGGAGCAUUUUUUUUCUCAGCAGGUACAUCUUGUAUUUUUUUCUACAUUUCUACAAAAAAAUCAUAUUUGAAAUAAUAAAAAAUUUAAAAAAAAUCAUUACAAAGCUAUCAUUAUUUUUGCUAAUUAACUGUUCCUAUAUUUUUUGAUUUUUUUUUUUAAACAAAAAGAUGUAGUUAUGGAAAAUUAGAUUUAAAAAAAAAGUUUAAGGGAUGAUGAGUUGUUGAACUUAUUAAAUAAUCUUGUGACAUAAUAAGUCUGAUUAUAAUAAUAAUUUAUAUGACAUUGAUAAUUAUAUGCCAAAUAACAACAAUAAAUUAACA